UGCAACAUUGGAUUUCCAAUACCCCACUUCAUCUUGUGUACAUGCUCCGAUAACCAUCCAUACUUGAGACAAAACCGUGCAAGUCAACAUUGAUACGACAGUCCCCGCUUUUCAAUACUACCGAGCUUCCCCUUGGCCGUCUGAAUUUAUAAAUACUUGACUCGCACACGCCCGCGUGUUAAUCUGUCUAGAACACUCAAACCUAUAUCUCACAAUGUCAUACUCACCACCUGAUUCAAUCAAGCCCUUCACGCUCGACAUCCCCGAGCAGGAGCUUACAGAGCUCAAGCAGCUGUUACAGCUAUCAAGAAUCGGUCCGAAAACUUACGAAUCAACCCAGACUGCUCAUGACUUUGGAGUGACACAUCAAUGGAUGACCGAAACCAAGGAUUACUGGUUGAACAAGUACGAUUGGCGAGCACAAGAAAAGUACAUCAAUUCCUUCCCAAACUACACCACGGAAAUUGAAGGGUUGACGGUCCAUUUCGUUGCACUGUUCUCCGAGAAGAAAGAUGCAAUCCCGAUCCUAUUCUUGCACGGCUGGCCAGGCAGCUUCAUUGAAUUCCUAUCGCUGGUUUCUCUUGUCCAAGAGAAAUACCCCGCAACUGACCGACCGUACCACAUAAUCAUCCCUUCGCUGCCAGGCUACACGCUCAGUUCGGGGGGCCCGCCGGACAAAGACUGGACGAUGCAGGACUCGGCCCGCGUGAUUAACACCCUGAUGCACAAUCUAGGAUUCGACAAAUAUAUCGCCCAGGGCGGAGACAUCGGAAGCUUCGAAGCCCAAUUGCUGGCUGCCGAAUAUGAUUCAUGCGUCGCCAUACACAUCAACAUGCUCAGCACGCAGCACACACCCGAGGAGUCCGAGAUCCAACCAUACCAGAAGAAAGGCAUCGAGAAAGCGCUCCAAUGGCGCGAACGCGGCUCGGCAUACGGCCUCGAGCACGCCUCCCGCCCCAGCACCAUCGGCUUCGUCCUCAACUCCAACCCCAUCUCCCUCCUCGCCUGGAUCGGCGAAAAACUCCUCGAAUGGCACGACGAAACCCCACCCCUCGACACCGUCCUCACCAACAUCUCCCUCUACUGGUUCACGCACGGCUUCCCCCGCUCCGUGUACCCCUACCGCCAGAUCUUCACCGCGCGCGACCGCAUCGAGCUUCCCUACAUCGCGAAGCCCUUCGGCUUCUCGUACUUCCCCUUCGAAUUGUUCCCGCUUGUCGAGGUGGCCGUGCGCGAGAAGGGCAACCUCGUACAGUACCGCCAGCACGAGAAGGGUGGACACUUUGCGGCGUUGGAGAGGCCGAGGGAGGUUUGGGGGGAUGUGGAGGAUUUUGUGAAGUUGGUUUGGGGAAAGUAGAGUUGGAGCGGAUAAGCAGUGAUGGUGUGGUCAAGAGCCCUCCUCCGUCAACGGGUGAUUUGAAGCUCUCAUGCUCGCGGGAAACGAUCAGUGAUAC